GGUGUUUCUAUAUGUGAUCUUAGUUUCCCAAAACACCCGCGGCACGUCUGGGCGCUCGGCCAUUGAAGGGAUGGCGGUGCUCAGGGGUCGCAGGCCGGGCUCCUGGAGGGAGCUGUCUGGGAGCGUCCCGCCGCCGGUGCGGGUGCGGGUGCGGGGAGGGUGGUUCCCCCAGGUCAUCAGCGCUGCACCCUGGGCUCAGCAGUGACGUGGCGGGUCCCACCUGGCACCCGGAGGGCCAGUCUGGUUCACCUCUCCAGUGAUGUCCCCACCGGAGAGUCCCGCCUUGGGGGUCCCUGGGCCUUGUAGUUACAGCUGCUGUAGUUACAGGUGUCCUCUGAGACCCUGCUUCCACGAUUUCAUUUACCCUCAACACCAGUCCGGUCAGCCAGACGUUAAUUCUGCGAGCAAGUGUGAGGGGUCCAGGCUCAGAGGUGGAGGGACUUGCCCAGGGUCUCUGCUUGAAGGUGGGUUUCACUUCAUGGCCCGCACCAGCUGAUGCCAUGAGUAUCCACGCUUGUGACCGUGGGGCAGCACUGAUGUGGCCUGGAGGCCGUUUGAUCCUCCACCCACGUGGCUGGACCCUGGUCUCCCCCACAGUGUGGAGAGAUGCCAAAGCUGCAGGGCUUCGAGUUCUGGAGCUGCACGCUGCGGGGGGCCCGCCAUGUGGUGGCCCCCAUGGUGGACCAGAGCGAGCUAGCCUGGAGGCUGUUGAGUCGCCGCCACGGGGCCCAUCUCUGCUACACUCCCAUGCUGCAUGCCCAGGUCUUUGUCCGUGAUGCCAACUACCGGAAGGAGAACUUGUACUGCGAGGUGUGCCCUGAGGACCGGCCCCUCAUUGUGCAGUUCUGUGCCAAUGACCCAGAAGUGUUUGUCCAGGCGGCACUCCUGGCUCAGGACUACUGUGAUGCCAUCGACCUGAACUUGGGUUGCCCACAGAUGAUAGCCAAGCGGGGCCACUACGGAGCCUUCCUGCAGGAAGAGUGGGGCCUGCUCCAGAGGAUGAUUCAGCUGGCCCACGAAAAACUCUCUGUCCCGGUCACAUGCAAAAUCCGUGUCUUCCCAGAGAUUGACAAGACCGUGAGGUACGCCCAGAUGCUGGAGAAGGCUGGCUGCCAGCUGCUGACGGUGCACGGGCGCACCAAGGAGCAGAAGGGGCCUCUGUCAGGCACCGCAUCCUGGGAGCACAUCAGGGCUGUGCGGAAGGCUGUGGCCAUCCCUGUGUUUGCCAAUGGGAAUAUCCAGUGCCUGUGGGACGUGGAGCGCUGCCUCCGGGACACGGGGGUGCAGGGCGUCAUGAGUGCAGAGGGUAACCUGCACAACCCCGCCCUGUUCGAGGGCCGCAGCCCUGCUGUGUGGGAGCUGGCCGAGGAGUACCUGGAGCUUGUGCGCCAGCACCCCUGCCCCCUGUCCUGCGUCCGCGCCCACCUCUUCAAGCUGUGGCACCACACGCUGCAGGUGCACCAGCAGCUUCGGGAGGAGCUCGCCAGAGUGAAGACCCUGGAGGGCAUCGCCGCCGUGAGCCAGGAGCUGAAGCUCCGGUGCCAGGAGGACAUGUCCAGGCAGGAGGGGGAGGAGUCCCCGGGCGGCUUGCCUUUUUCCCACUGGAUCUGCCAGCCCUACUUCCGACCGGGGCCCAAGGAGGGGAGCAAGGACAGCACGGGAGCCCGCAGUAAGCGGGCCCUGGAGGAGGAGGAGGGCAGCACAGACACCCUGUCCAAGAACAAGCAGAAGAAGCAGCUGAGGAACCCCCAUAAGACCUUCGACCCCUCUCUGAAGCCAAAAUAUGCAAAGUGUGAUCAGUGUGGAAACCCAAAGGGUAACAGGUGUGUAUUUAACCUAUGCCGGGGCUGCUGCAAGAAGCGAGCUUUCAAAGAGACCGCAGACUGCCCAGGUCACGGAUUGCUUUUUAAAACCAAGCUGGAGAAGUCCCUGGCCUGGAAGGGGGCCCAGCCCCGACUGCAGGAGUCUCAGCAGGACUGCUGCUGAAGCCUCCAGUCCCCUUAAGGAGACACCGUUACUCAGGGAAUGCCCUUGGCCACGCUGGGCCUGGAGCAGCACCGUGCGAGCAGGCUCCCAGGCUGGACCUGCCCUGUCCUCGCAACCGUGUAUUCAGAAGUGAACAAUAAACCUCUUCAGAGAUACAC